GUUUGCGCAUGGGCGGAGAGGCUGCCGCUGUGCGCUCUUAUUAUUGAAAGAGUAAUUUCUUUUUUUACGAAAAUGGCGUCUAGUCAGGGAGGUGUGGGAUCUGUCCCGGCGCUACAAAGCCAUCACUACACCACUGGACCUCACUGGAGUCCCGGUAACAGCCAGUACCCGCACCUCCAGCAGCAGCCCCACACGACGCGCAGCCUGGACCGUGCCCUGGAGGAUGCCGUCUGCUCCGGGAUCCUCAACCUCAGCGGGAGGAAGCUGAGGGAGUACCCGGGCAUGAACUACGAUCUCACGGACACGACACAAGCAGAUCUGUCUAAGAAUCGUCUGACAGAAAUCCCUCCUGAAGUGUGUUUGUUUGCACCACUGGAGUCUCUGAACCUCUACCACAACUGUAUCAAAUGUAUCCCAGAAGCCAUCAUCAACCUGCAGAUGCUCACCUAUCUAGACAUAAGUCGAAACCUUCUGUCUGUUUUGCCAAAAUACCUGUUCAACCUUCCACUCAAAGUCCUGCUUGUGAGCAACAAUAAGCUGGUAUCUAUCCCGGAGGAGAUCGGCAAGGCCAAAGAUCUGAUGGAGCUGGACAUUAGCUGUAAUGAGAUCCAGGCGUUGCCAUCGCAGGUUGGGAGACUUCAGGCCUUAAGAGAACUCAACAUCAGGAGGAAUUGUCUUCACUUGCUACCAGAGGAGCUGGCAGACCUGCCUCUGAUCCGACUUGACUUUUCCUGCAAUAAGAUCACAGAGAUUCCUCCAGAGUACAGGAAACUCAGGCAACUGCAGCACAUCAUAUUAGACAAUAACCCUAUGCAGUCCCCACCUGCGCAAAUUUGUCUCAAAGGCAAAGUGCACAUUUUCAAGUACCUGAACAUCCAGGCAUGUCGCAUGGACAAGAAGCCCGACACGUUAGACCUGCCCACCCUAAGCAAGCGCUGCCUUCCACAGCCCCUUACUGACAGCAUAGAAGAUUUUUAUCCUAGUAAGAACCACGGGCCUGACUCUGGAAUUGGUAGUGACAAUGGAGACAAGAGGCUAUCGACGACAGAGCCAUCGGACGAUGACACGGUCAGUCUUCACUCCCAGAUUUCAGAGACAGCCCGUGCUGAUGCCCUCUCUCUGCUCUCCAAAAUGGACUCUUGCAAAGAUCAGGAUCUCUAUGACUUUAUAGAGCCCAACCCGGACGACGAUCCUGCUCUUUCAGAGAGCAAUGGGCACCCCAACAGUCAUGUGUCUUGUAUAAAGGAAUUGGAGAAAGUCCUAAACAUGUCUCACCAAAGCAAAGAUAAAGACAGCUGGAAAGAAGAAUCAGGUUCAGAUAAAGAGCAGCUGGUGGAGGAGGAGGAUGAAGAUCUGAAGGAAGUUCUGGAUCUGAGGAAGAUCGCGGUCCAACUUUUACAACAGGAACAGCAGAACAGAAGGCGCUCGUUAAUUUGCAGAGCAGAGAGUCUUAUCCACAGACGGAGAGUGACUGGCCGGGCACACAGAUUCUUGAGUCACUCUGGUUCCAGCAGCAAGGCCAGGCCCCCAGUUCAGGCUGCACGCAGUGCAUCCCUUGAUGAAGGAACCACUGGUGCGUCAGUAUUGAGUGGGCAGCCUUCUACGUCCUGCUCCUUUGAUGGCAAUCUAAAAACCGAUAGUGACCCGGAGUCCAAAUGGCCUGAAGUUCAGCCAGUCCUCAACCAAAACGAUGAGCGCUGCAGGAGCAAGUACCUCAGAAAAGACUAUUUAAAGUACAAGUGUCAAAAUGCAAGAAAGAAUGGCAACGAUGAUAGUGAGGAGACCUUGUGCAAUGCAGAUGUCAACUCCACUCUGACUGUGUUUGGGCUAAAGCCGAGAUCAGCUUUCACCAGAGGAACCAAACAGGAACUAUCGUCAAGUGACCCCAGUUUCACCAUGAGGAGGAAGAUGGAGCACCUGAGGGAGGAACUGGAACAGAUAGCUCUCUUACGGCAGAACAUUGAGUCUCGUCUGAAGGUGCUUCUUCCCGAUGAUGUGGGUGCAGCUCUGAUGGAUGGGGUGGUUCUCUGUCACUUGGCCAAUCACAUCAGUCCUCGCUGCGUUGCCAGCAUUCAUGUACCCUCACCUGCUGUGCCAAAGCUCAGUAUGGCAAAGUGUCGGCGAAAUGUGGAAAACUUCUUGGAUGCCUGUAAAAAAUUGGGUGUCCCACAAGACAAGCUGUGCCUGCCCCAUCACAUCUUGGAGGAGCGUGGCCUGGUGAAUGUGGGGAUGACUGUCCAAGCCUUAUUGGAACUGCCCACCUCAAAGAGUGCACUGGCUGCUAUAUGACACUGAGUGAAUGUCUGUAGUCUGUAGAUCACCAAGCCCUCACAGCCCCUGUCCCAAAAGAGAGGGUCCAGGGUGCCGUUUUGUGAGGACCCAGAGGUGUGUGCACAUGGGGAGUAUUUCUGACAGAUUCAGGACACUAGAUGCUCCUCUGUCUCUGAUAUGACGUCAGCAUGGCUCACGUCCUGCACACACUUGUACCUGAACCCUGUCCCGCUUUAGGACUUGCCAUACCUGUGUGUGCUUGUGUGUGUGGACUCCAUACUAAAUGCACAGAAAAAGGUUUUUGACAGGAACGUGUAACAUGAGACCUGUAUACCCCUCUAAAAUGCUCAGUAAUUAUGAUUAUUGAGCUGCAAGUGACAGAACUGCAGUGGUGAAGACAUGGGGCACAGACUAAAGGACUGACAAGAUUCUUCUAUAGACUUUUUUUCAUUACAGAAAAUGUUUUUACGCUAUUGCCAAACACGGUGCCAGCUUGUAUUUGAUAUGUUUUGAUUCUUGCUAUUAUUUAUUUUCCUGUAUGUACUGUACAAACCUGUAUGCAUCACAGAGAAGAUGACAUUUGACCACUGUGAUCAAUGCGCACAGCUGAGGCCAAACUCUUGUAGCUUUUAUUUAAAUUUAAUUUUAAACAUUUCUUUUUUAUUUAAGUCUACCACAGAAAGUUAUACACUGGACUGCUCUGGUUUACCUUGUACUGUACUGACACAUGUCUGUCAGGCAUGAUCCAUGCUGUAGGUUGUUUCUGAUACAAAUGUUAAAUCAGGGAAUGUUCAUCUAUUUUCAUCUAUUUGUUAAUUUGUUUACAUUUACAUGUGUAUAUUUGAAACAAAACUGUUUUGGAAGAUUACAUAAGAUUUUCAAGCUACAUUUUCGAUUGUGAUUACAAUUAUUGGGCUUUACCCCCAGUGAAAAAGCCAACUUAUAUAUGGAUUAAAUGUCUGGAAUUUUAUUGGCACUAUUAAGAUCAAUGGCUGUGGUCACUUUCUUACAUUUAGGACACAUUAACUAUACAAUUCUUACUGUUUUGUUUUUUUCUGAUAACAUUUGAGUAGCUAUUGCUGAUCCAAACAUCUGACUGUGACGCACUGUGCCUUAAAGAUGCUUUCUAAAUUUUGACCAUGAAUUUAUCAGUGUCUGUUUUGUGAAAUCAUUUGCUAUUUGCUUCAAUUACUUAUUCUAUUCUAUAUUGGUGGUUAUCACAGAAGACACAAUGUUGAAGAAAACAGUGCCGGAAACUGGGCUUCCAAUGCAAAGAAAUAAUGCUGCCUUAUUGUAACCUACAGACCCUACCACUGGACACCACAGCUUCAUCUUUAGAAAACAUAAUAGUAGGGUAAAAUAAUUGUGUCUGUUUGCAUAUUUCUCUUUUUUAAGCUGAAGAAUCUUCCUGACACAUUUAUUUGACAUUGUUUCACACUUUUUAUCUGCCUUGUUUGUGGGUAAGAUAAAACAAUGUAUUGUUUAAUUUUAAUACUAGAGUGACCCUCAAAUCUCUCUCUCAGCACAUUUUUCUAGGUUUAUUUCUUAAUUACUUUGGGGAUUUCAAAAUAUGGGCUUGUAUAUGUCAUGCCCAGGGUGGAGCUCAGUGUCCCAUUACUCACAUUUUUGCGUGCAGUAAUAUUAAAACUUGCUGCUCAUACUCAUUGAAUACUCACUGCUCAUACUCAGACUUAUUAACUUUGUGUUACAGGUUAAAUUGUUAUUGUCACAAAAGGUUAUUCAUCAUUGCAGUAAUGAUACAACUGCCUGGAGAUCUUUGUAAAGAAAAACAGUUAGGCACGUCUUUAUGCAAAACUGCCAAGACAUUUUUGUAUUUCAACCUGGAUGCAUGCAAGGGCCACACAGUUGAAACCGUUGUACAUAUCAUGUGUAAAAUAGGACUUUCUUAAGAGUAAACAUGGGACAAAGGAAAUAAAGUUGAU